AUGGAAUCAUCCUUCACACACUAUAAGGAGCAGAAUGUGUUCCAAAACCCUAACAGACUAGCAGAUUUCCUCAAUAAUACAGCAACAUACUACAAUAGCACCGAUAUAGACAGUCACUAUGGCAAAAACUUUAUGUCAUUGGAUUUGGGCUUUGACAACAAUGGACAAGAAUCUGCAAAACACUUUAAGUUGGCAUGUCAAACAGCAGAGAUCUUGUUUGAUCUAGUGUUAAUUUCAGAGUACUUUGAUGAAUCUUUGGUGCUUUUGAAAAAUGCUCGUUGCUGGACAUUUGAUGAUGUUCAAUCGAUUCCUCUAAACAUUAGGAGUAAUACAACAAAACAAUCCCUACCAGACAAAACCCAAGAAAAGAUCAAGAAUUUGAAUCAAUUAGACUGA